AUGAGUUACUACGGCAGCUACUAUGGAGGCCGAGGCUACGGCUAUGGAGGCUUUGGUGGCUUUGGUGGCCUGGGCUGUGGCUGUGGCUUUGGAGGCUACGGAGGCUACGGCUCUGGAUUUGGAAGUUAUGGAAGAUACGGCUCUGGAUUUGGAGGUUAUGGGGGCUACGGCUCUGGAUUUGGAGGUUAUGGAGGCUACGGCUCUGGAUUUGGAGGUUAUGGAGGCUACGGCUCUGGAUUUGGAGGUUAUGGUGGAUAUGGCUCUGGCUAUGGAUAUGGCUUCUCCGGCUUCUACUGA